AUGGCACCUAUCACUCAAGCCCUCCCUCGACUCGAACAAGGCAUAGAUAUUACCGUUGACAAUCCAAACGCCACCAUUUCUUUCGUUCCCAAGUCUUCAAACGAUUCUGCCCUCACUGCCUUUGCUCAGCUAGGCGCUUUACGCCUCAACACAUCGCGAGCUUUGAUCUCGCUCAUCGACUCCACUAGUCAGCAUGUCCUGGCCGAGUCAACCCAGUCGCUUUCCUCCCAGUCCGAUGAUCGACAUGAUCUUGGUGAUGGUCUGUGGCUUGGUAGUGUGAUGAUCCCAAGAAAGCAAGGGAUAUGCGAAGUCGUAUUGACCUGCGAUCCAAUCAGAUCUGCUACCAAUUCCGAAGAAGACAUCUCCAGGAUUAAACACAACCAGGAGCUCGUCAUUAUUCCCGACUUACGAGAUGAUUCACGCUACUGCACUCGUCGCUAUGUGACGGAUGGUCCACAAUUGCGCUUUUUCGCUGGUGCACCCCUGCGCAGCGUCGACGGCACGAUCAUCGGCGCUUUCUGUGUUUUGGAUAACAAACCGCGACAGGAUCUCACUGAGUUAAGCAAAUCAUUCAUGCUUGACAUGUCUCAGACCAUCAUGACGCACCUCGAAAAUGUCCGGGUACAGGCCGAAUUUCAACGAAGAGACCGCCUGGUUAUUGGCCUAGAAUCGUUCGUUCGAGGCCUAUCAUCGAUGCCCCGUUCUCAAGAUGACGUUCCCACUACGACUGCCGCAAUAGACGGGACUCGUUCUCAGAGAGUGCCGGUCAACGCAGAGUCCCUUCACCUCAUCAGCAGAGGCAGUGAUACUAGUUCUACUCGCUCCUUGUCAAUGUGGGAAAUGGCUCUUCCCAGUGGUUGCAAAACCAUGUUUUCAAGGGCUUCCAAUAUCAUCAGAGAAGCAGGUGGAUAUGAUGGGACAGCCUUUUUCUACAUCUCUUCCGUGUCUAGUACUGGAAAGUCUUCUCGACGGCAGUACCAAGCAUCCAAUGCUGGGAGCCACAGAUCUCGACAUUGCUCAUCAUCAAGUACCGCCUCGGACAGGAGUCGGUCGGCGCUGCCCACAACUACUCCAGACGCAGAGAGCUCAUCCGAGGAUCUUUCAGGCAAUGAGGAGACCAACCUAGAUGGGCUGAGUCCGAUUUUAGGAUUCUCUCUCAGUAAAACUGAUGAGCAAACACGAAUUAGCGAUCAGAUGCGCUUUCCACGCUUUCGUCUUCGUGAUUUACAGAAACUCAUGGGCACUCAACCCCGCGGCCGCGUUUAUAUCCUUGACCGGUCUGGUAAUACCUUUCCUGGCGAUACCUCAAGCUCGGGCGAAGGACCAGACCCAUCUGUACAGCCCAUAAACUCAACAACUCCUGGACUGCAUGGUUCUGGGCGUUCAAAGCAGCGAGCAUCUCAAGUCAACUCUCUCCUAAAGAUUCAUCCCCAAGCGCGUACAUUUGUUUGUCUACCGCUGUGGGAUCACAACCGGGAACGAUGGUUCGCUUUCUGCGUAUGUUGGAUUAUAGAGCCCAAACGUGAUCCUGCUCUGGACGGUGAUCUCCACUUUUUGAGGAUAUUUUGCAACAACAUCACGAAUGCUUUAUCACAUCUCGAUACUCUGGAUGCAGAUGAAGCCAAGACAUCUUUCGUUGCUUCAAUAUCUCACGAACUUCGGUCACCAUUGCACGGCGUUCUCGGCGCAGCCAAUUUUCUUUACGAUAGCAAGCUCAAUCGCUUUCAGUUAGAGAUGGUGGACUCCAUAACAAGUUCUGGACGUACUUUACUUGAUACCCUCGAACACGUCAUGGACUUCACAAAAAUCAACAGCUUCACAAACACAAAGACAAACUUCUCUGUUAAAGCAAAUGCCGAGAAUAACAAGGUCUCAAGUGCGCUGAGCAAGGAUGACAUCAGUCGAUCCAGCUUGACGACCAGUGUUGACUUGUGCCAACUGAUUGAAGAGGUUGUGGAGGCCGUGUUUACUGGUUUUUCCUAUCAGCACAGCUUUUUACAAUCAGAUGAUGCAACCCCGAUUGGUCUCCCAAUACAAAAAUCGCAGCCGCAAGGGCUCGCCCAUAGUCGUCGGUCGGUUUAUCAGCGAGGGCGCGUUCGGCUAGCCUUGGACUUUCAGUCUAUCAAUGGUAUUAAUAAUGUCGAGAUACAGCCUGGUGCUUGGAGAAGAAUUGUCAUGAAUCUUGUUGGCAAUGCAUUGAAGUACACCGAUGAAGGACUCAUCACUGUUUCCCUUCAGGUCUCUGAUUUUAACGAUGAAAAGCUCGAAUCCGAUGAAAAGGGGCACGACACAGUCUCCAUCAUUCUGACGGUAAAUGACUCCGGGAUUGGUAUGUCGAACGAGUUCUUGCAAAACAAGCUCUUCAAACCCUUCUCUCAAGAAGACUCUUUAUCAUCUGGUACUGGUUUGGGCCUCAGCAUAGUGGAUCAAAUCGUCAAGUCACUGGGUGGCUAUGUAGAUGUUACCAGCACAAGAGGCUUAGGGACGAACAUGACCGUCUGUGUCAAUACCCGCCGUGGGAAGCAUCACCCUACCGAUGUGGAUGAACAGCACCCGCAAGCUUUAUCGAAAUCUCUUGCUAAUGUUCGCGUGGCUAUCCUAGAAGACACCGCCUCGAAAGCCUCAAAAGACAAUCCAGAAAGCCUCUUGACAGCGGAGGGUGAAUUCAGUAGAAUUCUACUUUCUGAUUUAAAACGUUGGUAUGGAGUGGAGAGUACUGUUGAAUCAUCAUGGUCUCCAGAUGCAGCAGACCUGAUUAUCUGCUUGGAGCCAUCAUUUGGCCUUAUCCAAUCAGUCAGAUCACAAGCACAAGCUCAAGCCUCGAUUGUCCCUCCAAUGUUGAUUAUUUCCCAUGAUGCGUUGGAAAUGGCCGCUCUGCGUGACGACGCGCGAAUACAAAACAAGGAUUUUGUCGUUGAAAUUACGCAUCAACCACUUGGUCCACGAAAGCUUUCCAAAGUUCUACAUCGAUGCCUUGAGAGAUCUAGCCUCCUAAGUAGCAGAAGCUCGCAGCAGGCGGGAGGUACCAUUGAGCCUGUUCCCACGCCUGCAUCGACACCUGAAUCACUUCCCUUUCAAGAUAUUUCGACUGGUACACCACGGACACUCACUCCUAUUUCGAUCGCCAGUACUCCUGAAACACCUCAGGAAGUGGUUGUGUCGCCACCAAUUAACGAUUCGGUUCUAUGUGUGGACGACAAUCCGCUGAAUUUAAAGCUUCUCACGACUUUCAUCAAGAACAAAGGUUUUACACCAGUACAAGCUUCCAAUGGUCAGGAAGCAGUUGAUAUUUUCAAAGCCGCCAAUGGGGCUUUCAAGUGUGUAUUGAUGGACGUGAGUAUGCCUGUACUGGACGGGAUGACUGCCACCUACCUCUUGCGAAAAUACGAAGCGAACCAUUCGUUGCGUCGAGUACCCGUUGUCGCUUUAACUGGAUUGGCAUCUGCGACCGCUCGCAACGAAGCCCUCGAAUCCGGCAUGGAUCAUUUCUUGACAAAGCCAUUUUGUUUCGUGAAACUGACUGAGAUCAUCACUGGCCUACCUCCCACUCCUGGAGCAGUCUAG